UUCCUCCUACUCUUUCGCCCGCCAAGUAUAUCUUCUUCUCUUCUCCCCUUCUCUAAAACCCUAACAACGAAUCAGACGUCAUGGGAGUUGUGGCCAACGGAAGCGGAAACCGAGACGACAGAAAGGAGGAGGAAGAGAACAGAGGAGAACAAGAGGAGGAGAUAAGCUUCGAAGAGUUGGGCGUCGACCCCCGGCUCAUUCGAGCUUUGUCGAAGAAGUCCAUCACCAAGCCCACCCCAAUCCAGCGCGAGGCCAUCCCCUUGAUCCUGGAAGGCAAGGAUGUCGUGGCGCGAGCCAAGACGGGCUCCGGGAAGACGUUUGCCUACCUUCUUCCGAUGCUACAGAAGCUCUUCUCCGAGAGCGGUUCGAGAAAGAACACGCCGAGUACCUUCAUCCUCGUGCCAACAAGGGAACUCUGUCAACAGGUUUAUAACGAGGCAUCAUCGCUCCUCGAGUUCUGUAGAGUUCAGUUGAAAGUUGUGCAAUUGACAGCCAGCAUGCCAGUUCCAGAUAUGAGUACAGCAUUGGCUGGGCCGCCUGAUAUUGUGGUCUCCACUCCGGCUUGCAUUUCGACAUGCAUGUCAAAAGGUGUCCUUCGGACAUCCAACGUCAAGGAUUCACUUUCAUUGCUGAUUCUUGAUGAGGCUGACCUCCUGUUAUCAUAUGGCUAUGAGGAUGACUUGAAAGCUCUUAUUCCCCAUGUGCCACGGCGUUGUCAAUGCCUCCUAAUGUCUGCAACUUCAAGUUCUGAUGUUGAGAAAUUGAAGAAGCUUGUGCUGCAUAAUCCCGUAAUCCUGACUCUCUCAGAAGUUGGUCACUCCACGGAUGACAUUAUUCCAAAAAAUGUACAACAAUUUUGGAUUUCAUGCAGUGCUCAUGAUAAGCUACUCUACAUCCUUGCUCUGUUGAAGUUGGAGCUUAUUCAGAAAAAAGUGCUUAUAUUUGUCAAUUCCAUUGACAUGGGGUAUAGAUUAAAGCUAUUUCUAGAACAGUUUGGGAUAAAUUCUGGUGUCUUAAAUGCUGAAUUGCCCCAAAAUUCACGUCUUCAUAUUCUUGAGGAAUUCAAUGCAGGGUUAUUUGAUUAUUUGAUAGCAACAGAUGAUGGCCGGACAAAGAAGGAACAAACAGGUAGGGAAAAUCACAUCCGGUCAAGAUAUUCAAAGAAAAAGUUAAGACAAAAUAUGGAUGCAGAAUUUGGGGUUGUGAGAGGAAUCGACUUCAAAAAUGUCUUCACGGUAGUCAAUCUUGACAUGCCUCAUAGCUCUGCUGGAUAUGUUCACAGGAUUGGGCGAACAGGAAGAGCUUAUAUCACUGGUGCAUCGGUGUCUCUUGUUUCUCCAGAAGAAGAAGAAAUUUUUGAAGAAAUCAAACUCAUGUUGGGAGAUGAUGAGAACCAAGACUCCUCAAAGUCCAUUGAACCUUUCCCUUUGCUUACUAAAAAUGCUGUGGAGUCUUUACGAUAUAGAGCUGAGGAUGUUGCUAAAGGUGUAACAAAAGUGGCGAUUAGAGAAGCACGAGCUCAAGAUCUCAGAAAUGAAAUUCUUAAUUCUGAAAAGCUGAAGGCUCAUUUUGAAGAUAAUCCAAGGGACUUAGAUUUACUAAAGCAUGACAAGUUGCUGAGCAAGAAGGCUCCUUCAUCUCAUCUACGCGAUGUACCUGAAUACCUCCUUGAUCCAACUACAAAAGAGGCCAGCAAGAUUGUCAAGCUCUCCAGAGCUGCAAUGAAGAUAGACACCAAAAGAUGGCGUCCUGGGUUUAAGAAAGGAUUUGGAAGAAGUAGAGACCCCCUCAAAACUUUCUCUGCCGAGGAGAAAUCACGCAAAGGUCAGAAGAGAAGGGAGGACAACGGUGAAGUCAUUAGACAUAAGAAAAAGAAGGCCAAACAGGGCAUCUAAUAUUAUUCAUCACAUUGAUUCCUUUUUUUCUUUGGAGCCUGAGGUCGAUGCUGUGGAAAAUAAUGGAGGCCGUGGUGUUAACCUCUGCAAUUUUGUAACAUCUAUCUGAGAGUGAUGUUAGAAAAUGGUAGCCUUGUAUUUGUUUCUCUGAAAUUUUUAUUCCGUUCUAUCAGCAACCUUUGUACAUUUCCGUGGUGUAGUCUCAUUAUGUAGGACGUUCAUUUUCUUGGAGUCUUUGAUUCAACUACGGUGUUUUUGUGCGGGAAUGAUAAGAAUUGUUGAUUUUCAUUGAUUUCCA